AUGUGGAUCCUGUUAAUUACUUUAGGACUCGCCAGUGCUUCUUUAGAAGCCACUCCUCAGUAUCCUUUAUGGCCUAAUGUUUUUACACAAACCUUCAACGAAACUCUCUAUUACCCAGAAUUUGGCAACCAAACUACCACUGGUACUUAUUACUAUGACUGGACCAACCAAAUGUACCGUAUUGACAGAGCAAAUGGUAGAUUUGACAGAUAUUGCGGCCUUGUUGGGUUCAGAGUCUUAACUAAUGCUCCAUGCAGCCACAUUGUUGUUGGAGGAAACAGAUUCUUGUAUUACCCUAAUGACGGUACUUGCUGCUUCUGCUGCAAUGCUGCUCAAGGAUGUGGGAUGCUUAAGCCUACAUGGCUUGAUAAUGCCACUUUUAUUGACACUGAGGUUCAUAUGGGAGUUCAAGCUUACAAGUGGAACAAGCAGGGACUUCAAAAUAAUUUCUACUUUGAGACAGCAGUGGCAUCUCCUUCAAGCAGAGUCAUGCUAGCUUCUCACUCGUAAUAAACGCAAUAUAAUUAAAAUCAAAUUAAUUGUUUUAAUAAAGGUAAUUUUGAAUAGAAUUUUUAUAUGCAAAUAAUAAUUAUUUUUAAUUUAGUCUAACUUCCCCUCCCUGAAAGAACAAAAACAUUUAUUUAUCUCGCGGAGGCAGUUAAUUUUUUUUUCUUCAAAAUUUAAAAAAUCAGAAUAAAAAUUGAAACAUAUUAUUUAAUUUGCAAAAUCUAUGUUUUAAAAUGCAAGCUGUUUAAAAUUAUACAGAAUUAGAUAGAGAUUUCAUUAUAAUAAAAUAUCACUUUAUAUAAAAAUAUUUUUCAUAAAAAUUUUUGUUUGAUCUAGGAGGGGGAGUAAGAUUUAAAACAUAAAAUUAUAUUAAUUGGAAUCCUCUCAAAAUUAUUAAUAAUUUUAAUUUUUUCAAAAUCUCUUAAAAUUGCUUUAAAGAAAUAAAAAAAUUAGACAGAGUGGACUAGGCAUUUAUCAAGAACCAAACGACUUAAUGGAUUUCCAUAAAAUCACUUAUAGUGUUCCUAGUGGGAUUUUUGACCUUCCAAAGACUUGCAGCCUGAAAACCGUAUGUCCAGAGAUUUCUACAUGCACAGCUGUCAGAAACGCUAGUAACUAA